AUGAAGCUCCUUGGCCCCGGGCUGUUGGUACUUUGCACGCUUGUUUGCUGUCCAUGUACAGUUGCGUUCAAAGCAGCUGUGUACGAACAUGCGGUCAUAUUUCCACCACAACGGUCACGUGUUUUGUCACGUGACUCAGCACUGACAGUGAUGAAGAAGAAUUUGGAUGUGUACAAUGAAAAAUGCAAGGAAGCAGCUGCCCAGAAAGUACAGAUCAUUGUGUUCCCGGAGUACGGCCUUUACGGGCUCGGUUGGACAAGACAAACUCUCGCGCCAUACCUGGAGUUUAUACCAGACCCUGAUACGAUGUCGUGGAUCCCUUGUGAUGACCCCACACGAUCCAGCAAGACAGAUGUACAACAUCAGCUUAGUUGCAUAGCCAAAAACAACUCCAUAUAUCUCGUGGUCAAUUUCGGAGCUCGACAACCAUGCAGUGCUUCUGUACCAAGCUGUCCCUCAGAUGGACACUUUCAAUUUAACACAAAUCUGGUGUAUGACACUAGUGGUAAACUCAUCGCAAGAUAUUUCAAGCAGAAUCUGAACUCCGACGAAAUUUUCUUUGACCGACCCUCAAACACAAACUAUACCGUGUUCACAACGCCUUUCGGACGUUUUGCCACGUUCUCUUCCUACGAUAUAAUGUUCAAAGACCCAGCCAUAACGCUGAUUAAGAAAAUGAAUGUAACGAACGUAGUCUAUCCAGUAGCCUGGAAGAACGAACUGCCUCUACUGGCUGCUAUCGAGAUCCAUUCAGCAUUUUCAGAAGGUAUGCACGUGAACCUAAUGGCGGCAAACUUGCACCUGCCAACUACGGGUUACCAAGGAAGCGGAAUCUACUGGCCCUCGGGAACUUCCAACAACGAGAUUUACUACAACAACAUGUCACCAGGCAGCCCAGGAAAGCUCCUUGUACAGGAUCUUACUCCGUUAGAUCCGGAAGUUCUAGCUGAAAAUGCAGUGGCUCAGAAACAAAGAGUGCCACACAAAACAGUUCAUGUUGAUUCAGCGACUGGCAGUAACGAAUUCAAGGCCGUGAUGAACCACGACUUGUACACAUUCGUUCCUUUGAAUCAGGGAUACGGGAAUUAUAAGGUGUGUCAGAAUACGUUAUGUUGUCAAGCUUCUUAUGAGGGGAUGUUCCAGAAUACAUUGUAUGCCUUAGGUGUAUUUGAUGGAAUGCAUACGUACAAUGGGCAAUAUCCCCUACAAGUUUGCACAUUCGUUCCUUGUGUCAAUGGGUCCAUAUCUAGCUGUGGCCAGCCCUCUGUGAAGUCAGUUGGAUAUAUGGACAAGAUGUCGUUCUUUGGAAACUUUUCAUCCACCCGGUACGUCCUACCGGAAGUACUUGUAACCCUCGACAACUCCACAUUGGACAUCAUUGGACGCACUUGGCUUUACCAAGAAUCUAUUAUCAUAGACGUCGGCGUUCCUGGUUCACCGGUGUCUAUAUCCAUGUACGCGAUCGGCGGUCCAUAAAAUAUACCGAUAUUUUGGUAUAUUUGUAACAGAACAGCUGUGCUUUACUCCUAGAAUCAAAACUGUGCUACUUCUCCCUUAUAAGCGUUUUUAUUUUUUUUAUUCAUUAUUUUUUUCUGGACGUCAGUUUUCCGUUAGCGUUGAACUGUGAUAUGAGUUGCUUUCAGAAAAAAAACGCUUAAAUCAACAACCAUAGAAAAAAUGUAUUCCCGAGUUCGUCUCAAUUCCAGUUUAAGUGCACUGACAGGCGGCCAUUAUGAAUCAUAACAGUUAAAGUUUGUUACCGAUAUUUCUCAUAAAAGUUCUCGGAAGAUCUUUUCCAAUUCCAUAUGUCGGCUUGUCUAUUGAUAGUUAGAUACUAGAAGGAGUAGAAGCUUUUUAUUUAUUUAUUUUUGUUUAUUUAUCUAUUUAUUUAUUGAAAUUUCUAUUUUUUUAAUUAUUAUUUUUCUAUUAAUACUAACCUGAUGAAGACGCCCAUGGUGUUACACAGUAACCUGUAAAAUCGCAUGCUAGUUUGGAGUUUCGUUUCAGUCAUGCGAUAACGGCCAUUUUACACGUCAAUCAUCUAACUUGUUGACAUGCAGCCAAGUCAGUUUAUAUAGUGGUGUUUAACAGGUAUUGUACUGUGUGGACAAUCUCAUUUUGUUAAAAGACCAGUCUAGUUGUGAUUUUAGUUGUAACAAAUGAAUAUUUUGAUUACAGACCUGUUGCAAUUUAAUGUGGAAAAUGUCAUAAAAGACAUGAAUACAAAUCAUUUUUACGGACAGUUUUCACACGAAAUAAUUGAAAAGACAAAUUCAUCUCCAGGAAACAAAUGUCGGUUUUUAUUUAGACCUUCAUUACGUACGCACCAGGAAAUGUAACCUAACCAAUAGUUAAACUCUCACCUUAUGAGUCAUAAUAUAUUCCCAAGCUUAUUAAAAACAUAGUAUAUCAGUG